UUAUCAAUCACUGUGAAACAGAAUGGGAAGGCUGUACGUUUGAGCAGCUUUUUCACUGGUUUUGCAUUCAAUGAUGAGGAUCUCAGAACCAAUACUAGACAUGGAAAUGGCAAACUACAGUGAAGUUCUAGAUCCGACGUACACGGCACUGGAGUUCGAAACUAUGCAGAUUCUGUAUAAUGGCAAUGACAGUUCAGGAGAAGCUGUCAACAUGAAUGCUGCUGACAACGGGGUCAGCAGUCUCUGUGCAAUAUGUGGAGACCGAGCGACUGGAAAACAUUACGGUGCUUCCAGCUGUGAUGGAUGCAAGGGAUUUUUUAGACGCAGCAUAAGGAAAAACCACGUCUACUCGUGCAGAUUCAACCGACAAUGUAUCGUUGACAAGGACAAAAGGAAUCAGUGCAGAUAUUGUCGUUUAAAAAAGUGUUUUCGAGCAGGAAUGAAAAAAGAAGCUGUACAAAAUGAGCGGGACAGGAUAAGUACAAGAAGAAACACUUUUGAUGGCUGCAACAUUCCUUCUAUUAGCACAUUGUCACAAGCUGAGACACUCUCCCGUCAGAUCUCAAUGUCCAGUCCUGGUUCCAGCACUGAUAUAAAUGUUAAGAAAAUUGCUGGUGUUAGUGAUGUCUGUGAAUCUAUGAAGCAACAACUUUUGGUCCUCGUGGAAUGGGCUAAAUAUAUUCCAGGCUUCUGUGAAUUACCACUGGAUGACCAGGUUGCCCUGUUAAGAGCACAUGCUGGGGAACACCUGUUGCUUGGAGCAGCAAAACGGUCCAUGGCAUAUAAGGACAUUUUACUUUUAGGCAACAAUUACAUAAUCCAUCGCAACAGUACUGAAGUAGAGAUCUGCCGAGUGGCAAAUCGCAUUCUGGAUGAAUUAGUUCGACCCUUCCAGGAAAUUCAAAUAGAUGACAAUGAGUACGCUUGCUUGAAAGCAAUCGUGUUUUUUGAUCCAGAUGCAAAAGGCCUGAGUAAUCCAAUGAAGAUUAAGAAUAUGCGGUUCCAAGUCCAAAUCAGUUUAGAGGAUUAUAUAAAUGACCGUCAGUACGACUCCAGAGGAAGAUUUGGAGAACUCCUCCUUCUACUACCUACACUCCAGAGCAUCACUUGGCAAAUGAUUGAGCAAAUACAGUUGGUUAAACUAUUUGGAAUUGUUAAAAUUGACAGUUUGCUUCAGGAGAUGUUACUAGGAGGUACUUCUAAUGAUGCCAGUCAUCUGCAUCACCCAGUGCAUCCUCACUUAGCCCAAGAUCCCUUAACUGGCCAAACUAUCCUCAUAAGUUCAAUGUCUGCUCCUGUACAUACAGAACAGAUUUCAACUCCAGAAACUCCAUUACCUUCCCCUCCUCAAGGCUCUGGGCAAGAAUACAAAAUGUCUGCAAAUCAGGCUUCAGUCAUUGCACAGCAGUCUAUUUUGAAACAAAAACCAUUGUGAUAAUGUUUCUGUCUCUGUCUUAUCCUUUCUUCCUUCCUUCCUUUCUUCCUUCUUUCCUUCCUUCAUUCCUUUCUAUGCACUAGAUAAAUUGGUAGGACACUUGCACAUUUAAAAUCUCAGGUUGAUAAACAAAAUUAUUUCCUCAACAGCCACUGCUGUGGGUGUUCCUUUAAACACCUCAUGAUUUAGAAAGUAAUGCUGUUCUGACUGCCGCAUUCAACUGUAACUGUGGACAUUGCAGUCUGAAAAAUAUGUAUAGAAGUUGAUAUUAUUUUUAGAUCUUAUAACUGCACAGAUUCAUGUUUUUAUUUCCUGUUUUAGUUGUUGUCUUAAUAUUAUCGUUUUAAAUGUGUAUAUAUAUGUAUUUUUUUUUGGUGACAGAACUGGUUAGUGCUUGCUUAGCUGUGAAUUGUAGAGAAAAAAAGUGGGUUAAUCAGGCAAAAGCCGAGAUUCCACUAAUAGUAAAACGGUAGGCUACUAAAAAAGCACAUAAA